AUGACUCCACUCUAUGCUGCAGCUAAUUUCGGUCAUAUAGAUACUGUGAAAUUUUUCGUUUGCAACGGUGCUGAUGUAAAUGAAGAGCAUGAUGACAAGAGGAUUCCUAUUCAUUUUGCAGCUUGUAGAGGUCACAUCGAAAUCAUGGAAUAUCUCAUUCAACAAGGUUCUGAUGUAAACAAGGCUGAUUCUAAAGGUUGGACACCAUUCAAUGCAGCUAUCCAAUAUGGUCAUCUAGAAGCUGUCAAAUAUCUCAUUGAUAAAGGAGCCAAGCAGAACAGAGAUGAUGGAGCGACCCCACUCUAUGCUGCAGCUCAAUUUGACGUGAAUGGAGAAGAUGGUGAUAAAAUGAUUCCUCUCCACGGUGCUGUUUCUAGAGGUCACAUGGAAGUCCUGAAAUACCUUAUUCAGAAAGGAUCUGAUGUUAACAAAGUUGAUGCAAUUGGUUGGACGCCUUUGAAUGUAGCAAUUCGAAUUGGUCAUUUAGAAGCUGUCAAAAUUCUCCUGAAAAACGGAUCAGCACACACGAGAUCAGAGGAAUGA